CCGCCUUAAGGUUCCAUUAUGGACGAUGUUUAGCGCGUCUUUGCUUGGUUAGCGCUUUGUGUUUGUACUACUGAACAAGUAAUUUGCUUCAACGUAUAGCAUAUUUGCUAUAAAUUUAUUAAUUAAAAUCGUCGCAAAGCUACGCCGAUUCUACAUCUCCAUAAUAGAAACGAAUAAUAUCAAUUAAUUGUAGUAUAAGGAAGAGAAUCUUAAGAUUCAACAUUGAAAGAUCAUUGCUGCAGGAUGUCGACGGAUUUUUAUAUACGAUAUUAUGUAGGGCAUAAGGGAAAAUUCGGUCACGAAUUUCUGGAAUUUGAAUUCAGGCCAGAUGGUAAAUUGCGAUACGCGAAUAAUUCAAAUUAUAAGAAUGACACGAUGAUUCGGAAAGAGGCAUAUGUACAUCAGUGUGUAAUGGAGGAGCUGAAGAGGAUCAUUCAAGAUUCCGAAAUUAUGCAAGAAGAUGAUUCUUUGUGGCCACAACCAGACCGCGUUGGACGUCAAGAAUUAGAGAUUGUAAUUGGCGAUGAACAUAUCUCUUUUACAACAUCAAAGACUGGUUCUUUAUUGGACGUAAAUCAGUCACGAGACCCAGAAGGGCUGAGAUGUUUCUAUUACCUUGUACAAGACUUGAAGUGCUUGGUAUUCUCCCUCAUCGGACUACAUUUCAAGAUAAAGCCUAUAUAAAUAUAAUUUAUUGUUACAAAUUUAAGUAACUUUAAUUGUUUCAGAAAUAAGGAUAUAUAUAAUAUUUUUUAAUUAAUUUUGCGUAAUUCGUUAUAAUAUUAAAAUUUUUCAAAUAAAA